AUGUACACUGUCCUGGAGUUGUUGGGAUUCAAAGGCAAAACUAACAAAGACAAUAACACUCUAGAGGUCCUUUUAUCAGAAACUAAGUUCGAGACACCUGAAGCCACAACACAGAACGGCAAUAAUGCAGACACAACAACAGUGACUUCCCGGCAAACAGAAGAGAAAUCUAAGAAGGGCAUAUUUGAGAGUUUAGACCAAAUGGUACUAGUUGUGGCCAGUUUAAUAGCCACAGUCACUUACCAAGCUGGCCUUUCACCUCCUCAAACAAUCUGGAAGGAAGACAUGAAGAACCAUCCUAAGUGCAUCUUCCACAGAACCAACCCAUCUCAUUCCUGUCCAGAUAUCACUUACUAUUUAUUCAUGUCUUUCAACACAGCCGGGUUUUUCGCCGCGGUCUUACUCAUAUUCUUCUACGGAAAAGGGUCCUAUGUCAGAGUUUUGCUGCCGGUUGCUCUUGUUUCGAUGAUGAUAACUUACAUAACUCUCUCAGUUUCUAUGUCACCUAAUGCUUUGUCCUUGCUCAUUCUUUACCUAAUCACACUGGCCAUUUUCCUUUACUGCAUUCUGGCAAUUGAAAUGGUGAAGAAGGUUAUUCACAAAAUGUUCAGUUAUGCACAUGACAGAGCUGGUAAGCUAGCAAGGCUAGCAUAUGAGAGAUAUAAGUCGGCUGGCAGUUCAGGAGAGCAACCAUGA